GCAAGGCAAUCUCAACAGGAUGACACCUCCAAUGUUCCUCUCAUGUCUGACAUGCCUGUUCUUGGGGGAAAUAGCUCAGGGGAAUCACUUGAAACAACCCUCAACUGUGCGUCAAGACAGACGGUAUAUACAGGCUAAAGUUGGUGACAACGUGACUUUGACAUGUUUUUUUCAUGACAACGAUGAUGUAAAGUAUUACUGGUAUAAGCAAACACUGGGACAGAGGCUACAGCGUAUGUCUGCUACCUAUACAUAUGAUAAAAAUGGCAUUUUUGAGGAUGAGUUCAAGGACAAUCCACGCUUCACACUGGAAACUAACAGUGGUAAGAACCACCUAAACAUUUCAGAUGUACAAAUUUCUGACUCGGCUACUUACUUCUGUGCAAGCGGUGUUUCGUUUGAGUUUAAAUUCGGGGAGGGAACUGAAGUCAAUGUAAAGGGGUCCGGUUUGAGCAUUAAAGCUUUUGUACACCAGUCAGCAUCUGAGAGCAUUCAGCCACUGGGAUCCGUGAGCUGCACACUGCAUAGUGGGGACUGUGCUAGAGAACACAGAGUUUACUGGUUCAAAAGUGAAGAAGAACAUCGUCCAAGAAUCAUGUACACCCACGGAGGCAGGGGUGAUCACUGUGAGAGGAAACCUGACACACAAAUGUGUGUCUACAACCAGCAAAUGAAGGGAAUGGAUCACCGCUGUGCUGUUGCUUCAUGUGGAUACAUCGUGUUUGGAAACAGAACCAAGCAAAAUUUGGCAGGUGAGGUGAACUCUCUGGUCUCGGUGUAUUUCCUGAGUGGAGCUUUGACAUUCACCACCAUCCUGAGCGUUUUACUGGGUAUCGUAAUGUACAAGAUGAACAAAAGAAAGAACUGCCAAUCUACAGCAUCCCAAGCAGGACUUUCAGCUCCCUCCACCACAUAUGCACAGGGCUACCAAGAUGCAGACAGCCUUCAUUACGCUGCCUUGAGCAUUAAACUGCCAAAAAGCUCAAGAAGAGAGGAGAACUUUGAUGAGACUGAGUGUGUUUACUCUGGUUUAAGGCAGUUUGGAAACGGAACCACACUGGACUUUGCGGCUGAGGAGGUGGACUCUCCUGUCUCGGUUCAUUUCUUGAGCGGAGCUUUGACGCUGACAACCUUCCUGGCGGUUGUACUGACUAUCUUAGUGUGCAAGAUGAAGAAAUGGACCAGCUGCCAACCCACAGAGCCAAGAUUUCCAGCUCCUUCCAUCGCCACCGCUGAGGGUAACAACCGAGACACAGACAACCUCUGCUAUGCUGCUAUUAGCGCUAACCCACCCAACAGAUCAAGAACCGUGAAAAACAACACCGGGAAUGAAUGUGUUUACUCCAGUGUAAGGAAGUAGAACGAAACCUGUGUGUUAUAUUGUAUUGUUGACUUAGAUAUAGACAAAUAUAUGGAAAUAUAAAUAAAUAUCUGUUUAAUAUUUGUAGUUUCAAGCUGCAUGCAUCCCUAUUUUUUUUAUUUUUUCUUAAACCUCAUCAAGAAACUAUUGGCACGUGGCUUUGAGGAUCCAGCAUGAACCUGCUUUUCAGUGGCUUUAAACUGUUGUAUGUACAUUUCAUGUAAUUAAAGAUCAAAUAAACAUAUUCAGAAUGCU